AUGAAUAAGACUCUGUUGUGUAAUAUGGUGUGCGACUGCCUUGUGGUCAGUGCAGGAUACUGUGUUUUAGCUGUUGUUGCUUACAAGAUCGUCGUUGCUGUUUAUAAUGUUGUUUAUCCCUACUUGAUCGGUACGCCGGUAGAUCUACAUUCGAUGGCAGGAGCCAAAUGGGCAGGUCCGAUCUCACAGUUACUUUUCUGCUCUAUUUAA